AUCUAUAAAAGUGAUGGGAAGGUGGGGGCCAGGUUCCAUUCCCGGCAGGUCUUUCUGGGAGAGCUGUAGGGUUGUAAGAGGCAAAGGGAACAAGCGCUUUGCCUUUUCUCGUCUUUGAAGCCCUCGCCAGUCAGGUGCCAGCCAUGCCAUUCUCAAACAGCCACAACCUCCUGAAGUGCAAGUACUCUGCGGAGGAUGAAUAUCCCGAUCUGAGUGUCCACAACAACCAUAUGGCUAAAGUGUUGACCUUGGAAUUGUAUGCCAAGCUGAGGGACAAAAAGACUGCUAGCGGCUGCACCGUGGAUGAUGUGAUUCAAACUGGGGUGGACAACCCAGGGCACCCCUACAUUUUGACAGUAGGAUGUGUAGCCGGUGAUGAGGACUGCUACGACGUGUAUAAGGAACUCUUUGACCCCAUUAUUGAAGACCGACAUGGAGGCUACAAGCCUACAGACCAGCACAAGACGGACCUGAAUGCCGAUAACGUGCAGGGUGGCGACGACCUGGAUCCCAACUACGUCCUGAGCUCACGUGUCCGAACUGGUCGGAGCAUCCGUGGCUUUUGCCUGCCGCCUCAUUGCAGCCGAGGAGAGAGGCGUGCUAUCGAGAAGCUGUCCGUGGAAGCUUUGGCUAGCCUGGAAGGGGACCUGAACGGGAGGUACUAUGCUCUGAAAAACAUGACGGAUGCGGAACAGCAGCAGCUCAUUGAUGACCACUUCCUCUUUGACAAGCCGGUCUCUCCUCUGCUCUUAGCCUCCGGAAUGGCACGCGACUGGCCUGAUGGCCGGGGCAUCUGGCACAAUGACAACAAGACAUUCCUUGUGUGGAUCAACGAGGAAGAUCACCUUAGAGUUAUUUCUAUGCAGAAAGGUGGAAAUAUGAAGGAAGUUUUCACCCGCUUCUGUACUGGGCUAACGCAGAUUGAAAAUGUCUUCAAAUCCAAAAACUACGAAUUCAUGUGGAACCCUCACCUGGGCUACAUCCUGACCUGUCCAUCCAACCUCGGGACAGGGCUCCGUGCCGGAGUGCACAUUAAGCUACCCCACCUGGGCAAGCAUGAGAAAUUUGGCGACAUCCUCAAGAAGCUGAGGCUGCAGAAACGGGGCACAGGUGGAGUGGACACGGCUGCGGUGGGAGGUGUGUUUGAUGUCUCCAACGCCGACCGCCUUGGGUUCUCUGAGGUGGAGCUGGUACAGAUGGUGGUUGACGGGGUGAAGCUGCUGAUCGAAAUGGAGAAGCGCCUUGAGAAAGGCCAGUGCAUUGACGACCUCAUCCCAGCUCAGAAAUGAAAAGCACUUUAACACCCCAGCUCUCCCCCAUGCUUCUUCCUAACUUAUUGGAUAAUUAAUUAAAAAAAAAAUGAUGCUCCAAUCAAAAUCCUGGAGUCGAAAGAGAAAUUCCCACUUAGUAACACUUGUAGAAAGUCUUCCAUCCAUAUGUGUUAGAGUUUAUUUUUUUGAUGGCUGAAAUGUCACAGAGAAAAUGAAAUAAUAAAAACCAUUGUUUGGCCUGACAAAUGA